AUGGAUGCAGAACCUUAUGCGAGGUGCAUGUAUAUGUUUGAGACGAUUAUGUUCGUUCUUGAUAUGAAGCAUACGUUUAAUGAUAUUGUGAGGGAGGUCUCUAUGGGUUUUAAUCAUUUGAAUCUUGGUUCAUUCGACUUGAGGUAUUCUUUCCCUGGAUAUAAAAGUUGUGUGUUAUCAAGUGAUAUGGAUGUAAAACUAAUGUUUAGGUGUAUGUUUGAUUUUAAAUUGAAUUCUGUUGAUAUUUUGUGGGUUCAAGCAAUAUUAUUGAUGCGAGUGAAUACUUGGGGUGUUAUAGGCCAGAGGCUCCAAAGAGUUAUCUCACUCAUGCGUGGCAGGAGGGUGUUAGAAUUUAGGGAAAAGUUGACCAAGUAUGCUAUUGAAACUAGUUUUCUUUUCAAGUACACACAGAAUACCUCAAGUCGUGUUAUUGCAGAGUGUGCUAAGAGAUAUUUUGAUGGUUGUCAAUGGUCUAUUCGCGCUUUGAAGAACAAUGUGAAUGACUUUUUCUACAUAAAGAAGUUGAAUAAUGUUCACACAUGCAAAGGAGUUCUUAGGCAACAAAAGAGUAAGCUUUUGGGGUCUCAUGUUGUGAAAUCGGAGAUUGCUAAUGAGUUGAAGUCCAAUCCUCAACUCAAGCCUAAAGAGAUUGUGUCUCGUUUCAAGCAUUCUUUUGGUUUAGAUGUGUCUUAUAGGACUGCUUAUAAUCCGGGCUCUUAUUGCAUAUUGGAAACUGAUCCUUUAAGUAAUCGUUUCGAACGUUUCUUCAUUUGUUUUUCUGGUUGUAUUGAGGUCUUUAAGUCAUGCAUUCCGCUUCUGUUCGUGGAUGCUGCUCAUUUGAAGAGUAAGUAUAAGGGAUACAUGCUCUGUGCUAUUGGAAAGAAUGGAAACCAAGAGUUCUUUCCCUUUGCAUUUGCAGUUGUAGAUUCUGAAAAUCAUGUGAAUUGGGAUUGGUUUUUUGAUCAUCUAUAUAACAUCUUGUCUCCGCAAGGUAGAAAUGUGACUUUUGUUACUGAUCGACACAGUGGACUGUUGAAUGCUGUUGCCAGGGUAUUUCCAGAUUCUCCUCAUUCAUACUGCUACUACCACCUUAAGGAGAAUGUUAGAAGUGUGUACCGAAAGCAAUCUGAAAAUUAUUUUGUUGACAAGAUUGUGGAGGAAUUUAUGAAAGUUGCUUAUUCACCUACAUUAGCAAGCUAUAACUUCAACUUGCACAACUUGAAGAAAGAAGGUGGUCCGCCUAUUGAAGAGUUUUUGCGAUCUUUGCCGUUGGAAAAGUGGUGCAAUGCAUUUUUCAAAGGAAACAGGUAUGGUGAAAUGGCAAAUAGUAUUGCCGAGUCAUUUAACAAUUGGACUAGAGAUUUGCGUGAGGCCGUGAGCUUCCUAUAUUUGAGAUGUUUGAAGGCUUAA